AUGACCGCCCGCCGUUCCCCUCGAGUCCAACGCAACGGUCGCGUCUGCUACCGUGACGCAGAGACAGAGACUCCAGUUCGUGACAGGAACGAUGAAGACGAGCAGGACUACCAGCCUGGAGGCGAACUCUGCUACAGUUCCAAGAAGCGCAAGAGGGCCGCCACCCUGUCGCCGAGUGACAAACGACGCAAGGCCUCGAACGCGACCUCACCCGCCCGCAAGGUGAAGGGACGCCAGCCGGCCAAAGUCGACCCGUUCAACUGGCACGACCUCCCCAACGAGCUCAAGAACCUCGUGUACGAAUUCGCCCUCGUCUCACCCACGCCCAUCAAGACGACCAUCACCGAGAAGGGCCCCAUGAAGCCGCACCGGGUGGAGACCUACGACAAGGGCUCGACCCAGAUCCCUCGCCCCGCCACCAGCCUCAACCUGCUCCUCGUCGACAAGCAGCGCCGUACCGAGGCGGGCCCCAUCUUCUGGGGCCACAACACGUUCCACUUCCCGACCUGGUUCGCCAUGUACAUGUUCCUUCGCGGACUGGGGGCCGAUGCGAAGGCCAAGGGCUGGAUCACGACCAUCGAGGUGGGCGAGGCCCUGCCCGAGAACAAGAGCGAUGCCCUUCUCUUCUUCGAUACCCUCGCCACCGUCACCAAUCUCAAGAGCCUGCGGUUCGACGCGUCCAACCUGCACAUGGGCGAGUUUCACAAGUGUGCGUCGAAGUGGCUGAAGAGCAUGGGUGAGCAGAGGGGCAAUGAGUACGCGGCGUUUGACGUGCUGAAGAGUCUCGACGAGUUCCACAAGGAGGCGCUCAGGUACUACAUGAUUGGAGGAACGUUGCGCUUGUACUAUUAG